AUGCCAACGUGCCUCCUCCCCCUCUUCCUCCUCCUCGCCUCGUGGCCACCGACGGCGAGAGUUGACGCUGCCUCCACGGGCAGCUCCGGCGAGGCGCCCGACAAGGUCUACGGCGAAGUGCUCUGCCGCGGCGACUACACCGGCACCAAGUGCAGCAACGGCCUCACAGCCGCCUUCCAGGACGUGGACGUGCUCUGCCCGACCAGGAGUGCCGUCGUCUACUACGACCAGUACAUGAUCCGCUUCACUGACGAUGAGCAGUCCCUCUCGAACACUAGCAACGAGCCGGAAUGGGUCGCGAGUAAUAUGAACUCCGUUUUGGGUAUAGAGGCGGCGCUGCGGUUGAUGGAGAGGGUGGUGACCCUGAUGAACAAAAUGGCCGACCUGGCCACUUCCAGCUCCAGCUCCAGGUCGUACGCGACCGGCGAGGUUGGUUUCGCUGAGCAGGGCAUGAGUACUGUGUACGGGAUGCUGCAGUGCACGCUGGACCUCACCGGGCCACAGUGCAAGAGCUGCCUUGGCGACAUCAUCAGGCAGAUAGUGAAGCUGUUCAGCAAUAUCACCGACCAUCAGGCCCAGAUCGGUGGGAGGAUUAUUGGAGUACGCUGUAAUCUGCGAUUCGAGAAGGAAUUGUUCUUCGAGGAGGACACUAUCAAGAUCGACAUGCCGAAAAAUGGAAUGAGCGGGGUGCUUAAGAUUGUCAUAUUUGGAGUUCCUCUUGUAGUUCUGCUCAUAUUAGGAUUGCUUCUAAGGCCAUGCAUUGUGAAGAAAGUCCGAGAAUUAUUAUUGCAUAGGGAUCUAGUCAUCCUUGAAAAGGAAAUUGUAAGUGAAAGCGACUCGAGGUUUUCACUAUUCAGAUAUUCCAAGAUAAGAAGUGCUACUGAUAACUUUUCAAAAGAGAAUAAACUUGGAGAAGGUGGAUUUGGUCAUGUUUACAAGGGAUUCCGUGAGUUCAUGAAUGAAAUCAAACUCAUAGCCAGCCUCCAGCACAAGAAUCUGGUCAGGCUUCUUGGAUGCUGCAUCAAAGGCAAGGAGAGGAUACUUGUAUAUGAAUUUUUGCCAAGUGGUAGCUUGGAAGAGUUCAUUUUUGGGGCAGGAGCAAAGCAGAGCUGGCCCUUGCGUCGCCACAUAAUUGAAGGAAUAACAGAAGGCCUUGUCUACAUGCAUGACUACCCGCAUGAGUGCAUAGUCCACAGAGACUUGAAACCAAGCAACAUCCUAUUAGAUCAUGAAAUGAAUCCAAAAAUUUCUGACUUUGGGAUCGCAAGGAUAUGCCUCUCCAACGUGACGGAAUCAAAUACAACGACAGCUAUGGGAACAUUUGGAUACAUCGCGCCGGAAUAUUGCUCCCAGAGUGUGUACUCAACAAGGUCAGACGUUUUCAGCUUCGGCAUCCUAGUUCUCGAGAUCAUAAGUGGGAAGAGGGCCAUCGGUUCCUACCAAUUAUCUGGAAGAUCAUACGAACUCAGGAAAUAUGCAUGGCAACUGUGGAGAGAGCAGAGGUGCGACGAGCUGGUGGAUGAUUCGCUAGGCGAGGAGUACCCUGAAAUGGACGUUAUGAGGUGCAUCCAGAUCGCGCUCUUGUGCGUCCAAGAUGUCGCGGAGGACAGGCCUACCAUGCACGACGUCACGACGAUGCUGGGCAACGGAAACAAGAGGCUGCUCCGGCCUGCGCAGCCUGGUUCUUGCAGUAUACACAUCUUCACCGAUGCUGAAAUAGAGGUGUGA